AUGGCCAUGCAGAGAAAGACUUUCGCUCGAGCCUUGCUCGCACUCGCCCUCUUCGCCGGCCUCGCCGCCUUCGUGCAGCCGCGCACGGGGAACCUCCGCAGCCAGAGAGGCCCAGAUUCCUUGAUGGCCAGGCAGGCCAGCAUGAUCGAGGUCCCCGGAGGCCUGAAAAAUGGCAUCAAGAUCGUGGUGGACGAUACGCCCGUGAAGCUCAUUUCCUUCCAGUCCAAGAAGCAGGGAAAGGGCGUGGCGAUCACCAAAGCCAAGAUUCAGAGCAUGAUCACCGGCGCCAUCUUCGAGAAGACGCUGAACUCCGGAUCCAAGUUCAACGAGGUCGAAACCCAGUGGCAAGUUGGAACUUACUCCUACAGAGACGAGUCCGACAACACCUUCCACAUCAUGGACAUGGAGACCUUCGAGGCGAAUGGGCGACCAAACCUAGCUAUCUCUGCAUAUCUGUAUCUCCACGUGUAUCUAUGCUAUCGAUCUAGCCAUCUGUCCAUUUCAUCUCCCCAUGCGUCCAUCCAUCUAUCCCUCUAUCUAUGUAUUAUAUAUAUAUAUACAUAUAUAUAUAUAGAUCGAUCUGUCAAACUGUAG